AUGAGCUACAUCGUUAAAAAUGGCGUGACGCGAAAAGACGCGAGCAAGUGACCAGCCUGUGUUUCCGACUGUCUCGUAGAAUAAAGAGCACGCUCUAGAGCGUGCCUGUGUAUGUCGCCAUGCAAAAGCCCUUUUGCCUAAGCGUCCGCCAAAGUCUUUUCGUUUUUGCGCACUUGGCGUGCAGCUCCGCCUGUGCAUAUAUCGCUAAAUUCCGCGGCGCGUCACUCCAGCUCUCGGGAGACAGUCGUCGCGUCAAGGCUAAACUUAGUUCUUUGUCAGGGUGUCCUGUCACGUGAUAUAGCAUGGCGUAUCGUCUCGCUUUCAAACAAAAAGCAGAGAAUAAUAAAUGGGAAGAGAAGCGGGAUAUAUAAACCACGGAAAGCCAGUUACGCGAUUUCCCAUUAGUGUACAUGUGAUCUCUCCGUCCCGUCCAAGAGCUGAGCUUGUUUGGUCCGUCUCGAGGGGACAUAUUAGGUUGAUGUGAGAGAAGCAAUAGUGAGCGAUUCGAGCGUUGUUGCUGUCAAGCGAGUGUGUGUCGUUUUGCCAUCUUUGCAGUCGAGCGAUAUGAAAACCGCCGUGGUGUUGGUGCUCGCCGCCUGCCUUGUGGCUGUGGCGAUGAGCGCGGGAGGCCGCCACUCUGCAAGUCGUGAGGAUUUCUCCAGAUGGAGAGAAUGCAUGAUUACAAAACUGCCGCAAGACAGAAUACAGACGUACGAAACCUGCCGCAACCAGUCUCGUGGCACUGAAAUGCGCAGGUUCCGACAGGGUCUGGAAUGCGUUCUCUCAAGCUACAACCUCGUGAAUAGGACUGACGUCGACUUGAGCCGUAUGCAACAGGCGGCUCAAAAUGUCACGCAGCAGGAAUUGAGGGCAGCAUUCCAAGAGUGUCCCCAGGACGAGAACAACAAGAAAGUUGGAAAGGCUGUGAAGUGCCUCAUUGACCACCUUGAAACGUCCUGCCCUGUGCCAGCCGGUGUUAACAGGGAGUGAAAGCUGGUAUUGCUACACCAUCAGUAGCAGCAGUGGGUAUUCACUAAGCUUUUAUUGUGAUCAAUUCAUCACUUCUGAUACUCGUGAAUUUACUCCCACUAUAGCUGCGACACUGGGCAGAUGACAAGGUGCAAGGCGAGAAAACGCUCGGCCGAGGAUUUUCCACCAGAAAGGACAUUAAUGCGAUGCUCUCUGACCGAAAAUAAAUACUUCCUAUAAGUGUGCCUGGC